AUGAUGUUGAGAACACGAAAAGCACGACUAUUCAAAGAAGGAAAAUUUGCUCUUGCCAAAGCCAAGUAUGAUAAGGUUCUACGUGAAUUCAAUCAUGUAAAUCCUCAAGAUGAUGAGGAGGGAAAAGAGUUUGCAAAUACAAGCAAUCUAUUGAAUAUGAACGUGGCUGCUUGCUACCUGAAGAUGGGGGAUUGUAGAAAGUCAGUCAAGACGUGUAAUAAAGUAUUGGAAGCAAAUCCUGUUCAUGUGAAGGCGCUUUAUUGUCGAGGAAUGGCAUACAUGGAGACUGGCGAUUUUGAGGAAGCAAGAAGAGAUUUCAAGAGAAUGAUGAGCAUAGACAAGUCAUCCGAAGUCAAUGCAAAAGCAGCUCUUCUUAAACUGAAGCAAACAGAACAGUUUUUCCUUCUCGUUAUGCUCUUAUAUGUUGGCCUCGUUCUGUACUGUUGGUUUCCCCUCUACCUUCAAUGCUCCCUGCCCUGCCACAGAUGGCAUGACAUAUCAGAAAAAGAGCGAGUCUCGUGUAUAAAAGGAGGGGCUAAUACUACUCUGAUCAGGAAGAACUGGAGGGACUUACUUCUAAUUACCCUAAUCGCUUCAAAGUUUACUAUGUAUUGA